AAACGUUUCAGAUUUAUUUGCCUUCUGUGUAUUGCUAAUUGCAACACCGUGAAAAAGGGAAUACUCCAUAGAAAUUAUGGGGAGCACGAGUCUCAUCCCUCAUUUGCAACUCCACGGUUGCUUCUACAAACGCUUGGACUCCGUCAGAAACGAACACCAACAAUUUCCUUCACUACAGCUCAACAUUAAUUCCAAGAGGAGAGGGGGAUUGAGAUUCGAUGCUCCGCAUACCAGGUCGACAAAUUUCAGAAGAGUCGUUUGUUUCGCUGCUGUUGACGAUGACGUCUCCGAGAAGCAGCAGCAGCAGCAAGAUUCAACCAGUACUAGCUCACUUCUCGAGGAUAGGCCUGAUACAGAUGUGGUCGAUAGUAUGCCAGAAAAAUUUGGGCAAGAUAGUGAAGGAAGUCCGAUUUACAAUUUUCUUUAUCCCCAAAAAGAGCUACUUCCCGAUGAUAAAGAAAUGAGCUUAUUUGAUCACCUUGAAGAGUUGCGAGAGAGAAUAUUUGUUUCAGUUUUGGCGGUUGGAGCUGCUAUCUUGGGAUGCUUUGCAUUUUCAAAAGAACUCGUUAUAGUUCUUGAAGCUCCUGUUAAAUCGCAAGGUGUACGAUUUCUGCAACUAGCUCCUGGAGAAUUUUUCUUCACAACUUUAAAGGUUUCAGGAUAUUGUGGCCUUCUUUUGGGAAGCCCGAUUAUUCUCUAUGAGAUCAUAGCCUUUGUUAUUCCAGGUUUAACAAAAUCAGAGAGAAGGUUCCUGGGACCGAUUGUUUUAGGCUCCUCGGUACUUUUUUAUGCUGGAAUUAUUUUCUCCUAUUUGAUUUUAACUCCGGCAGCUUUGAAUUUCUUCGUUAGUUAUGCUGAGGGGGCUGUGGAAUCUUUGUGGUCUAUUGAUCAAUACUUCGAGUUUGUGCUUGUGCUUAUGUUCAGCACAGGCUUGUCAUUUCAGGUUCCUGUGAUACAAAUUCUUCUUGGACAAACUGGCCUAGUUUCAGGAGACCAAAUGCUUUCGAUUUGGAGAUACGUUGUAGUUGGUGCAGUUGUUGCAGCAGCUGUACUUACACCAUCAACAGAUCCUCUUACUCAGGUGCUUCUAGCGGGACCACUUCUAGGUCUUUACUUGGGUGGUGCAUGGGUUGUCAAGCUUACAGGCCGAUGAUUGAUUGUCCACGCUGUACAGCAUAUCGGGUUUGUUGCUAGUGGCCUGUGCAUCAGGAGUAUGACAGGUUUCUGUUAAUUACCGAAGGAUGAUGAAUGUCAAAGGGAUGGGGAAGGAGAGUGAGCAUCUUUGACAUCGCUGGUUGGACUUGUACUAUAUAAGAGCUUUGCCUGAUAUAGUGAUGGUAAUGUUGUAUGAAAAACGUUAUGUUGAGGAGCCCAAUGAUAAUUGUCAAAUAUGCCACUUGUAUCUUAAA